AGCCCGCAACCCCCACAGUACGUGUUCUGGUACCACAACGAGCGUAUGAUCAACUACGACACGGCGCGAGGCGGUGUCACAGUGAGUACCGAGCCUGGUCCGAAGACGCACAGCCGACUCGUUGUGAACCGGGCCACACACGCUGACUCGGGCAACUACACCUGUCGAGCCUCCAACACCGAGCAGGAUACUAUCUAUGUAUUCGUAUCCAAAG